AUGCGCGGACUGGUAUCCUUCAUCGCAGAUCUACGAAACGCUCGCGCCAGAGAACUCGAGGAGAAGCGCAUCAACAAAGAGCUGGCCAACAUCCGAUCCAAGUUCAAGCAGGGCGGCCUGAGUGGCUACGACAAGAAGAAGUACGUCUGCAAACUGCUGUACAUCUACAUUCUGGGCUGGAACGUCGACUUUGGCCAUCUCGAGGCCGUCAACCUGGUCUCGGCCACAAAGUACUCGGAGAAGCAGAUUGGCUACCUGGCCGUCACGCUGUUCUUGCACGAGGAACACGAGCUGCUACACCUGGUCGUCAACAGCAUUCGCAAGGACUUGGCCGACAUCAAUGAGCUCAACAACUGCCUGGCUCUGCACGCCAUUGCCAAUGUCGGAGGAAAGGAAAUGGGCGAAGCUCUGGCCUUUGACGUCCACCGACUGCUCAUCUCUCCCACCUCGAAACCUUUCGUCAAGAAGAAGGCCGCCCUCACUCUCCUACGUCUCUACCGAAAAGCCCCCAGCAUCGUCCAGGCAGAAUGGGCAGAGCGCAUCAUCUCCAUCAUGGACGACACGGAUAUGGGCGUUGCUCUUUCCGUCACCUCGCUUGUCAUGAAGCUCGCUCAAGACGACCCCGACCAAUACAAGGGCAGUUAUGUCAAGGCCGCCCAACGUCUGCAAAAGGUCGUUGUUGAACACGAAUGCGCCGGCGAUUACUACUACUACAAGGUCCCUUGCCCCUGGAUCCAGGUCAAGCUUCUGCGUUUGAUGCAAUACUUCCCUCCCUCGGACGACUCUCAUGUACGCGCUUUGAUUCGCGAAUCUCUGCAAAAGAUCAUGGACAACGCCAUGGAGGCUCCCAAGAACGUCCAGCAGAACAAUGCUCAGAACGCUGUUCUGUUCGAGGCCAUCAACCUUACAAUCCACCUCGACACUGAGCAAGAACUGAUGAUGCAAAUCUCUUCCAGACUAGGCAAAUUCAUUCAGUCAAGAGAGACAAAUGUUCGCUAUCUUGGUUUGGAAGCCAUGACACAUCUGGCUGCUCGUUCAGAGAACCUCGAUCCUAUCAAGAAGCACCAAAGCAUCAUCGUUGGUUCUUUGCGCGAUCGGGAUAUCAGUGUCAGAAGGCAGGGUCUCGAUCUGCUCUACAGCAUGUGCGACACGACGAAUGCUAAGCCCAUUGUCGGUGAGCUCUUGAAGUACUUGCAGACCGCUGAUUACGCCAUUCGGGAAGAGAUGGUUCUCAAGAUUGCCAUCUUGACUGAAAAAUAUGCCACUGAUAUUCAGUGGUAUGUCGACAUCUCACUCAGGCUUAUUGCUAUGGCUGGUGAUCACGUCAGCGAUGAAGUGUGGCAGAGAAUCAUCAUGAUUGUUACCAACAACGAUGAGCUUCAGAUCUACGCUGCAUCCAACAUCCUGGAAUACCUCCGAGCCGAGCAAUGUCAUGAGAUGCUUGUCAAGAUUGGUAGCUACCUGCUUGGAGAGUUUGGUCAUCUGAUCGCCGAUAGUCCAAAAUGCAGCCCUAUCGAGCAGUUUAUGGCAUUGCAAUCCAAGUUCAAUGGAAGCUCACCGAGUACGCGCGCCAUGAUGCUAUCCGCCUUCAUCAAAUUCGUCAACCUGUUCCCUGAGAUCAAACCUCAACUUCUGCAAGCCUUCAAAACAUACAGCCAUACUCUGGACUCUGAAUUACAACAGCGUGCGUGCGAAUACUUGACUCUGGCGACUAUGCCGACAGAUGAUCUACUCAGAACUGUCAUGGACGAAAUGCCUCCUUUCCCUGAACGUGCUUCUGCUCUGCUAUCGAGAUUACAUUCUAGACAGCACAACACAACAGACAAGCGCACUUGGGUUGCAGGUGGCAAAGAUGCCAACAAGGAUAUCAAGGAACGAAACAACACUUUGAAGCGUACCUUCAGCGCUGGCAACCCUCUCAACACGACGGCUGACGCGCAAUCACCUACCAAAGCUAAUGGUUCCAGAACGCCAGCAGAUGAACUUGCUGGUCUGGACUGGGGCACCGAGACCAAGACACCAAACUUCGCCAGCGCAGACCAUCUGUCUCCAGGUUGGGAACGUGGUCAUGCUCGUAUGCUGAUGGUACCCGAAGGUAUUCUAUACGAAGAUGGUCAAAUUCAAGUUGGCGUACGCUCAGAAUACCGCGGCGAACUCGGCUGCAUAAUCAUGUACUUCACCAACAAGUCCUCCUUCGCCAUCAACUCCUUCACCACCACUCUCAACAAUCCCUCUCCCGACCAAAUCAAAAUCGACGUCAAAUCUCUCCCCGAGACCACUGUCCAACCCUCGACACAAACACAAGCCAUGAUCAUGCUGGAGGCAAGAACCGUCUUCACCCAAGCCCCCACCAUCCGCAUAUCCUGGCUCGCAGGCGCUUUACAAGCGUUAACUCUCCAAUUGCCCCUCGCCAUUCACAAAUAUCUCGAACCCGCUUCCCUAUCCGCCGAUGACUUUUUCAAGCGCUGGAAACAGAUUGGUGGACCUGGCCCUCGCGAAGCUCAACGUAUCUUCUCCGGUAAAGAUGUUGCGCCCGUCCCUACACGCCGUAUCCUUGAAGGAUUCAAGUGGGGUGUUUUGGACGAUGUGGAUCCGAAUGCGAAGAACUUCGUUUGCGCGAGUGUUUUGCACACGAGUCAGGCUGGCAAGAUUGGGUGUUUGAUAAGACUUGAACCCAAUGCUGGUAAUGGGAUGUAUCGACUUACAAUCAGGGCGACCGAUGAAUCAGUGCCUGCUGUAUUGAUGGAGGCUAUGGAGAAGAGACUGGCUUUAGGCGAGGCACCAUUCUAUCCGCCGUAG